UUCUCCUCCAUUUCUCCAUCCAUCCAUCCAUGUCGUGUUGUUAGCUUCGUUUUCUUCUUGUUUCAUCAAUCCAAGGAGUGUGGAAGGCCACACGCCAAGAUUAUAUCUAUGCUAAUUUGAUUAGCAGUAGGAUUAAUUCAGUGGCUAGCGUAGCUUGAUUAGUUGGUUUAAUUAGUUGGAGAGUAAAGAAGAUGUUGGGAGUGUUCAGCGGCGACGUGGUGGAGGUGCCGGCGGAGCUGGUGGCCGCCGGCAGCCGGACGCCGUCGCCGAAGACGCGGGCGUCGGAGCUGGUCAGCCGCUUCCUCGGCGGCGCCGAGCCGGCCGUGUCCGUGCAGCUCGGCGACCUCGGCCACCUCGCCUACUCCCAUGCCAACCAAGCCCUCCUCCGCCCAAGGUCAUUUGCAGCAAAAGAUGACAUCUUCUGCCUGUUCGAGGGAGUCCUGGACAAUCUUGGCAACCUGAACCAGCAGUAUGGUCUGUCCAAGGGUGCCAAUGAGGUGCUCCUUGUGAUCGAGGCGUACAAGACGCUGAGAGACAGAGCACCUUACCCUGCUAGCUUCAUGCUCUCGCAGCUCGCCGGCAGCUACGCCUUUGUGCUCUUCGACAAGUCCACCUCCACCCUCCUUGUGGCCUCUGAUCCGGAGGGAAAGGUGUCUCUGUAUUGGGGGAUUACUGCUGAUGGAUCUGUUGCCUUCUCUGACAACAUUGACCUGCUUAAAGGAUCGUGUGGCAAGUCUCUUGCACCUUUCCCACAAGGCUGCUUCUAUUCCAAUGCUCUUGGAGUUGGAGGCUUGAAGUGCUAUGAGAACCCAAAGCACAAGGUGACCGCAGUUCCUGCCAAAGAAGAAGAAAUUUGCGGUGCAACCUUCAAGGUGGAAGGAUCUACAAUCCUCACAGCGCUGCAUUAGGAGAUUUUUGGAUCUCCAGCUGUUGUUGGGAAAGGAAAACUCUGUAGUCUGUAAAUGGUGGUGUAACAUAGUCGCAAGGCAUGCAUCUGAUCUGUAUCAUCAUCUUCCGUAAAGACUAGUGCUGCCAGCAUGGUUAGCACUUUUCAGUGUUUGGGUGUGUGUAUGAUCUGUAUCCUAUGCUGUUCAGGCGGAAAUGAACUUCAGGCCCAGCUGUGUCAGUUGAAUGUAGUUGUGUUGCAAAUAAGUUUUUCUUGUUUGUUAUCA